GCAGGAGGAGAGAGAGGGAGAGGAGACCGAGGGUACGAGGCAGCGAACCCGACGCGCGUGGCGCCGUGACGUGGGCGGCAUGGCGGGCCGGGGGGCGGUUCGGGGCGGGAGGCCGCUGCUGGGCGGCGGCGGCGGCGGGGGCGGGAAGCGGGGCGGGAGGCCGUCCAUGGCGGUGGUGGCGGCGCUGCUGCUGGCAUGCGCGGCGCUGCUCCUCCUCCUCGCGCUCGGCGCGCUCUCGCUGCCGGGGGCCUCCGACGGCGCCGGGCCCCGCGGCGCGGGCCUCUCCCGGCCGCGCCUGCGCUCGCGCUUCCGCAGAUCCGCCUCCGAGUCGGGGCUGGAGAUGCGCGGGGAAAAGGGGGAGCCGUGGACGGAGGUGCUGUCGUGGGAGCCCCGCGCGUUCGUCUACCACAACUUCCUCUCCAAGGAAGAAUGUGAAUAUUUGAUUUCACUGGCAAAGCCUCAGAUGAAGAAGUCGACAGUAGUUGAUGCAGCAACUGGAGGGAGCAAGGAUAGCAGGGUGCGGACAAGUUCAGGAAUGUUUCUUAGAAGAGGUCAGGACAAAAUUAUUCGUAUAAUCGAGAAAAGGAUAGCAGAUUACACCUUCAUACCUGUAGAGCAUGGAGAGGGUCUUCAAGUCCUCCACUAUGAAGUUGGACAGAAGUACGAGCCACACUUCGAUUACUUCCAUGAUGAUUACAACACCAAAAAUGGAGGCCAGCGUAUAGCAACUCUUCUUAUGUAUCUUUCUGAUGUUGAAGAUGGUGGUGAGACAGUGUUCCCGUCCGCUACAGUAAACAGCAGCUCAUCACCAUUUUAUAGUGAGCUAUCUGCAUGUGCAAAGAGGGGUUUAUCUGUUAAACCGAAGAUGGGAGAUGCGCUACUUUUCUGGAGCAUGAAGCCUGAUGGAUCCCUUGAUCCCACAAGCCUUCAUGGUGGAUGCCCAGUGAUAAAAGGCAACAAAUGGUCAUCGACAAAGUGGAUGCGCGUUCAUGAGUACAAAAUUUAGAUACAAGUAAACACAGGCACCAGGUCAUGCACCGGUUCGGGCUUGCGGACAUUUUAGCACAUGUUGAGGGCAUCGAUUUUCCAUAGAGGAUUGAAUUACAGUUUUUGUUUCUAGAUGUUACCGAGGUUUCGUGUUGUACAUUAACAUGUUAGGCUGAUGAACCAUGAUCAUUCAGAAGAGAUGGACGCGUUGGGUGUAUAAACUGUCAUUGCCCAUAUUGAAAUCAAGAUAGGAUGUCUUACAGAUGGUGAAAACA